CCUCACCCUUUCCCUUGCAAAGCUACCUUUACACACACUCAGUCACCCACGUGAACCUUCAGCUGACGCUCUCAUUCGCCAAGACACAUAUAUUCAUCUCUUAAUAGAGCCGACCAGCAGGUCUAUGGCUGAAGAGACCAUCUUUAUUGUCUAUAGCAACAGCACCACUCUCUGGGGCCAGCUGGCAUACGGCAUCCGUCGUAUGAGUGCGACGGUUGCUGGCACCCCGUGUCCUGCACUUGAACUUACUCACGGCGGCCUCGGUUCCAGUGAGAGGCCUGAGUGGGCGCGGGCCAAGAAAGAAAUUCCCGUCGAUCUCAAGCAGCAACACUUUGAUGAGAUUCCGUCAGAUCUCAAGCACUACAUCGAGGUGAACAAAUAUGAGUUUCCCUGCGUGGUAGGCAGGACAACCGACGGGCGCUUCCACAUGCUUUUCGCCGACAGUGAGCUUCCGGAUUUCGUGCACAAUCCUGCCAAGUUCGUGAAUACUUUACGGAAGAGGGCUGUUGACGCUGGUAUGACUUGGAAAUGAUCGACCACGCUAUAGAAGCAACACCUUGUCUCAGAAGUCUAUACCUAGCUAGUAAUGCUGAUAAUGGCGCUCAAAUCUUCUCGUUCCCGGCAGGCAGGUUCGUGCCGCUGUUGUUCUCG